GUGCUUUUGUUUACAUCUGAUAGCAUACGCGUGUAGAAGUAACAGAAAGGUAGUAAAGUUGUUGAUUAAUUUUCUCUCCUAUAGUUAAGCGUCUUUGGGCAAAAAUUCGAACAAAUGCUUUUAAAUAGUUGUAGAUUACUUGUACGAGUAGUAAAUCAGGUAUGUGCAGGUAGCAUACGGAGAUACGUUGCCCCACCUAAGCGAUUCUAUCGCCAAACCGGUGUUGUAUCGAGCAAUGGACGGUAUGAAAUUGCACUGGAUCAGCGAAAGCUCAAAACACUGAAAGGAGCCCCGUUUUUCGUGGAAAGCGAACCGCUAGCUAUUGCCAUUGCGACCGAGUGGGACGCCCAGAGGGAGGUGAUAGAUCGAUCCAGCAUGCAUUUGACAGCCCUAAGCAGCACAGUGAUCGACAACCCAAACAACCUGCAGAAGCCGGAUAUUGUGAACUAUUUAGUCAAUUAUUUAAACACUGACGCUCUUUUGUUCUACACGGGGGAAGAAAAAGGCCUGAAAAACCUUCAACUCGCUGAGUGGAGUCCCGUGAUAGAGUGGUUCAACAAGCGAUACGAAGUAGAGCUGGUUGCCACUGAUGGAUUGGAGGUGCCCAGUUUUGCCCCUGGAACAGCAAUGAACAUCAGCCGUUAUCUGUCAUCCUACAAUGUGGCCGCUCUGCAUGGUUUCAUGUUCGCCGUUGAUACCAUCAAAUCGCUAAUCUUGACUUGCGCAUGCGUUGAUCGAUUCCUGCUUCCGGAGAAAGCUGUGCUGCUGGCCCGACUAGAGGAGGAAUACCAACUGGGACACUGGGGACGUGUAGAAUGGGCCCAUGAUGUGCAGCAGCUUGAUUCGCAGGCUCGACUUUCCGCCGCUAUUCUAAUGGUGCAUUUGAAUUCCAGUAACGUUACGAUGAAACAAAAGAGUCCCUAAACAUGGCAUUCGGAUUGGAUCGAAAAAUUAA